ACACAGGCCCUCUUUCUGUGUUCAUUAUAGAGAUUCAGUCUUUCACAGAUCUCAGUCCCCACAUACACAGUUACCUACUUUCUAUUAGCCAACACUUCAGCUUCCUUAUCUUCACCUUCCAUAUUUUUUAUUGUUCUAAUAAAACCAUAGAUUUUCAUUGCUGCACAUUGAAGAAAGCUCUUUCUCUCCCACUGUGUCAGUAGAUCUGCUAGUUGUCAAAUAUCAACUUCUCACCCAUUUUCUCAAAGUUCAUUCUAACAAAUGUUGUUGCACUUUCAAAUUCAAAUCUUUCAAGGAGAUACGCUAAGUGUUACUCUAUUACUUUGUUGUGUGCUGGAAUUGAUUAGCUUCUUUUUUCCUUCAAUUCCUUCCUUUCUUGGUUCAUAACAAUUACAGUAGCCUACUUCCUCUGUCUCUUUGGUAUCUUUUGAAGUCAUCCUAUGUGUAAAAUUGGGAAUUUGGGUCAUUGAAAAAUUUGAGUUUUCAUUGAUAGUCAUAUAAGUUCUGUAACUCCUUAUUUUGCUUCAAGAUUUUGGUCUGAAAAUCCCAAUUUUCUGCAUCCCCUCUGGUUUAUCAGUGUAAAAUUGAAAAAAAAAUGCAGAAGCCACAGCAACCUAUAGAAUUUGCUCUUAAGGAGACCUCGCCCAAAAUUGGCGCGGGUGCAGUCACUAGUGAUAAGCUGUCUUGUACGUAUGACCUUGUUGAGCAAAUGCAGUACCUUUAUGUUCGUGUUGUCAAAGCCAAGGAUUUGCCUGGUAAAGAUAUUACUGGUACUUGUGAUCCCUAUGUCGAAGUGAAACUUGGAAAUUACAAGGGAGUUACUAAACAUUUUGAGAAGAAGUCCAACCCUGAAUGGAAUCAUGUUUUUGCUUUCUCAAAAGAACGAAUUCAAGCUUCGGUUUUGGAAGUGGUGCUGAAGGAUCAUGAUGUUGUGCUGGAUGAUUUCAUGGGCAGGAUUAUGUUUGAACUCAAUGACAUCCCGAAACGUGUUCCACCAGAUAGCCCAUUGGCGCCACAGUGGUAUAGACUGGAGGAUCGGAAGGGCGAUAAGGUUAAAGGAGAGCUGAUGCUGGCUGUUUGGAUGGGAACUCAAGCGGAUGAGGCAUUUCCUGAUGCAUGGCAUUCAGAUGCUGCCACUGUUGGCCCUGAAGGUGUUGCAUUAAUUCGAUCAAAGGUGUAUCUUUCCCCCAAGCUUUGGUAUGUGAGGGUCAAUGUGAUUGAAGCUCAAGACUUGGUACCUAGUGAUAAAACUAGAUACCCUGAAGUUUUUGUGAAGGCUAUUCUUGGAAAUCAGGCAUUGAGGACUAGAACAUCACAAAUUAAGGGUAUCAAUCCCAUGUGGAAUGAGGACUUACUCUUUGUUGUUGCUGAACCAUUUGAGGAACACUUGAUUCUGACUGUGGAAGAUAGGGUGGGAUCAAACAAAGAUGAAAUCUUGGGGAAGUGUGUGAUUCCUUUGCAUAAUAUACAGAGGAGGUUAGACCAUAAGCCUGUGAACACUAGGUGGUUUAACCUUGAGAAGCAUAUGAUUGUAGAAGGGGAGCAGAAGAAGGAGACUAAAUUUGCAAGUAGGAUUCAUUUGAGGCUAUGCUUGGAUGGUGGGUACCAUGUUUUGGAUGAAUCUACACACUAUAGUAGUGAUCUCAGGCCAACAGCAAAGCAAUUGUGGAAGUCCAGCAUUGGGAUUUUGGAGCUGGGGGUUAUAAGUGCUCAUGGGUUGAUGCCAAUGAAGACGAAAGAUGGCCGUGGAACAACAGAUGCUUUCUGUGUAGCUAAAUAUGGGCAGAAAUGGGUCCGGACAAGGACAAUUGUGGAUAGCUUCAUGCCAAAGUGGAAUGAACAAUACAUUUGGGAGGUUUUCGACCCAUGUACUGUCCUUACAAUAGGUGUAUUUGAUAAUGGUCAUAUACAUGGAGGGGGUAAGGAUUCAAGAAUUGGGAAGGUGAGGAUUCGGCUAUCAACCCUUGAAACUGAUAGGGUUUACACACACUCAUAUCCACUUCUGGUCCUACAUCAUCCUUCAGGGGUGAAGAAGAUGGGUGAAAUUCAAUUGGCUGUGAGAUUCUCAUGCUCAUCUUUGAUUAAUAUGUUGCAUAUAUAUUCACACCCAUUGUUGCCAAAAAUGCACUACAUUCAUCCCUUGUCUGUUAUUCAGCUUGAUAGCUUGAGGCACCAGGCUACGCAAAUUGUUUCCAUGAGACUGAACCGUGCUGAACCACCAUUGAGGAAAGAGGUGGUGGAAUAUAUGCUAGAUGUGGAUUCACAUAUGUGGAGUAUGAGGAGGAGCAAAGCUAACUUUUUCAGAAUUAUGGGAGUUCUAAGUGGGUUGAUUGCUGUUGGAAAAUGGUUUGAUUCAAUCUGCCAUUGGAAGAACCCUCUUACAACCGUUCUAAUUCACAUCCUUUUUAUUAUAUUAGUCCUUUAUCCUGAACUCAUACUUCCAACUAUAUUUCUGUACCUUUUUUUGAUUGGAAUUUGGAACUACCGAUGGAGAGCUCGACACCCUCCUCACAUGGACACACGGCUGUCACAUGCUGAUGCUGUUCAUCCUGAUGAACUCGAUGAAGAGUUUGAUACAUUCCCUACUUCCAAGCCAGCAGAUACAGUUAGGAUGAGAUAUGAUCGAUUGAGAAGUAUUGCAGGGAGGGUUCAGACAGUGGUAGGUGACAUGGCUACUCAAGGGGAAAGGUUUCAAUCUCUGCUCAGCUGGAGAGAUCCAAGAGCGACCACUUUAUUCGUUACCUUUUGUUUCAUUGCUGCCAUUGUUCUCUAUGUUACUCCAUUCCAAGUUAUUGCCCUACUCACAGGAUUGUAUGUCUUAAGGCAUCCCAGGUUCCGCCAUAAACUUCCUUCCGUGCCACUCAACUUCUUCAGAAGGUUACCUGCAAGAUCGGACAGCAUGUUAUGAUAUAUCAUAUAUGAGUACGAAUAGCCUCCAAAGCUCUAGUCUCCCCACUAUCAAUGUUUCUCAUAAAAUUUGUGAAGAUAUAUAUUGCAGCAGGUAGAGCAGCAAAGAAUGAAUCUUUCUUUCAUUAAUAUUAGUUGGCUGUGGGUACAUGGUCCUGAUAGUUUGUAAUUUUCCUCAGUUUGUUAUUUAAUUGUCCAUUGGGAUUAAUGAAUUUUGAUUUCUAAGUUUCAAUUUGAAUAUAAUUGAUGUAUAAUCAUCACCUAAUAUAUGCACGUUGCUUCCCAA